AAGUUCAGUAUCAGUGGGUGCGGCUUUAAGACGACAAACAGUGGAGAUUCGGCGGAACACAAAAAAACAUUUGAUCAUCUUUAUUAAAUUCAGAUUCUUCACAGCUCAACAACAACAUGUGCAACUGGUUACUGUUUCUGUUUUUAUUAUUGAUUCACGGAGUGUUUGGUGCAGCGGUGGAUGAAACUGAACCAGUGACCGUGAUUGAAGGAGAUUCUAUCUCUCUACACACUAACCUUUCUGAACUACUGAACGAUGAUACGAUACUGUGGAUGUUUGGACCUAAAGACUUUCUCAUAUCUCAGAUAAAGAGAAAGGAUGACCUGACCUCAUUUUUUGUCACUGAUGAUGAGAGAUUCAGAGGCAGAUUGCAAGUGGACCAAAAGACUGGAUCUCUCACCAUCAGAAACACCAGAAUCAGACUCUCAGGACAAUAUAAAGUCACCAUCUCUAGAGAAAAGACUACAAUAAUAAAGAUAUUUAGACUUACUGUCAAUGGUGUGGUCGGUGAGACGGAUGGAGUGAAGUCAGUGUCAAUAUCAGUGACAGAGGGACAAUCUGUUACUUUACUCAUGGAUGCUGAAAUGCACAAAGAUGCUCUGAUGCUGUGGAGGUUUGGAGAUAAGGGCAUCCUCCUAGCUAAAAUCGAUGUUGAAACGAAUGAAAUCUCAUUAAACAAUGCCGAUGAGAGAUUCAGAGAUCGGCUGCAGCUGAAUCAGACUGGGUCUCUGACUAUCAAGAACACCAGAACCACAGACUCUGGACUCUAUGAGCUACAAAUCAGAGGCAGUGAGAGCUCACAGCGAUUCCUUCUUUCAGUCAAUGCCCUCCCAGAUCCAGGUCUUUCUUCAGGUGCUAUAGCAGGAAUUUUUUUUGGUGUUUUAAUUCCUGUUCUGCUGCUUGUGGCUGUAGCCUUUGGUAUGAUUUACUAUCGCCACAGGAUCUCUAAAUUAAAAAAGGAAAUGGCUGUGGCAUGUGAAGAGAAGGAAGAGAUCGUGACAGAGGGAGAUUCUCCAACUCUACACACUGGUCUUACUGAAAUACAUGGUAACGAUGCAAUAGAGUGGUGCUAUGAAGCUGAAGACAAUCACAUUGCUGAAAUCAGUGGAGGAAACAGAAAGCCAUCUACAUUGGCGGGUACUGAUGGGAGAUUCAGAAGCAAACUGACGCUGGAUGAGAGAACCGGAGAUCUCACUAUCAGUAACGUCAGAACCAUUCACUCUGGACUCUAUAAACUCAAGAUCAGCAGCAGCAGCAGCAAAAGCACCAUAAAAACCAAACACAAGAGAUUCAUUCUGACUGUCAAUGUGAAGUCAGUGUCUGUGAAGGAGGGAAAUCCUGUCCUUCUCCAGACUGGUACUGAAAUUCAGACCGAUGAUAUAAUACUGUGGACAUUUGGACCUAAAAACCGUCUUGUUGUUAAAAGUGAAUCGGGAAAGAUGAAUAAUGGUAAGCGAUUUAGAGACCGACUGGAUCUGAACCAGAUGACUGGAUCGCUGACCAUCAGAAACAUCGGAACCACAGACUCUGGACAUUUUAAACUACAGAUCAUCAACAGCGAACAGACCACAUUCAGAAGAUUCAAUGUGACUGUCACUGAUUCUACAGGCGAACAGGUGAAUGGACAAACAACUGUAGUGACACCACUGUUGAAUGAGGAAGUUACUGACGGAACGAAUGAGCUGCAGGCAGCAAGUCAAGUUUGAUUAGAUAAGACACGCCCACCACUGCGACAUCAUCGACAAUCAAGCCCAACAACAAUUCUGCUGUUGUUAAAAAAUGUGAAAAAUGAACCCACAUGCUGGAUAUAGUUUGAAUGAAUUCUUGUGUGAUGAGCAUGUUUAACAGCUGGUUACAGAAGACUCAAUAACUGAUGUGGCAUGAGCAGAAAGAGAUUCGAGCCUUGAAGUUGGCAUGAAACAGAAGUUGUCAUUCUGUUUUCUUCUCCACUGUGACGUCUGAAAUGGGUAAAACGAGCAUUUGAAAUGAGAGGGCGGGACGGGAGUCCUUCGGGAAUUGAUUGGAUCAUUGGAAGUUGGGCAUUGCUAACAAAAUGGAGGCAGCUCUGAAUGCCAGUUUGUAGUCAGUUGUGAGGGAUUUCUCUCCACUGGUGUCAUGAGAAAUCAAGUCCCCCACAGCAAUCGAGUCUCCUUUAGGAUCCAGGCUAGGAUGCAGGCUGCUCGUUCAAGUUCAGAUGAGGGAGAUAAAAUAUGCAUUCUUACAAUCAUCUAAAACAUGUUAUUAUAUAAAUAUUGUAAAGUAGACAUUGUCAUAAUUCAUCAACAUUAGUUCAUAAGCAAUCGCUUGGCAUAAAUGUGCGCUAUUCACUGAUUGUGAUUUGUGAACCACUCUUGUUUAAUUUAGAAAAUCUGACUUUUACAUUUUACAGUAUAUUAUUGUUUUCCCCCCUUGAUUUUACAGUAAUCUACUGGCAGCUGUGUUUUUUUUUUACAGUAUGUUACCAUAAAUUAUUUUACAGUUGAUUACUGUUAAAUUACAUUUCCCUCUGUUUUUUUUAUCUUAAACCUUUAACCCUUUUAACCCCAGAGCAAAAUCUUCAGUUUUAAAUGAACACUUGUAUGUGUCCACACUACAGAGUGUUCGAGUAACAUUAAAGCAGUGUUGAAGAUAAUAAGAUAAUUAAGUGAUUAAUUGAUAAUUGAGAAUGAAUGAUGAACACCUGCUGUUAACAAGCAUCUGAAAGAAAAGAAACAACAAGAACAGAAAAAAAGACAAGCAGAAACACAAUAACUACAACAGCCUUCCAGCCUUCCAGCCAC